AUGUUCGCCAAAGAAGGAGCGAUGGUGACAAUUUGUGGCCGAGACGAGAAAACACUGAACGAAACAAAAUCGAUGGUGCUGGCGGUAAACGGAGGCGAUGAGAAAAAGGUUUUCCUGGCUCGUGGUGAUAUUUGCAAGGAAGAGGUGAUGAACGACAUCGUUGAUGGAACCGUCAACGCGUUUGGUCGAUUGGACGUCUUGGUGAACAACGCUGGUGGAACCAACAGCGGUGACUGGCAAAAGCCAGAAUUGGAGUGUGACUUGAGCAAUUUUGAGUACACCCUUGAUUUGAACACCAAAAGCGUUCUUCGCCUGUGUCAGUUGGCCUUCCCACAUCUGAUAAAAAGCAAAGGCGAAAUUGUCAAUGUGAGCAGUAUCGCGGGCCUGUCAAACGGAGCAUCAAUACCGUCGCCAUACUACAGUAUCGCAAAAGCGGCACAAGACCAGCUGACGCGUAACCUCGCCAUUUACUAUAUCCAGAAAGGUGUUCGAGUGAACGGCGUCAACCCUGGUAUGAUUUCAACAAAUUUCGUGCAAAGGCAAGGGAUUCCAGCUGAGCUUAUGAGAAAGGUGGAACAGGAAAUCGCUGCUUCACCUUCGCGUGUCCCGUGUGGUCGCCCUGGAACUCCGGAUGAGGUGGCCGAGGCGAUUCUCUUCCUGGCCGAUAGCUUUCUGCCUGAGAACUGCCCUUACCUUGUGGGCGACGGCAUAAGAUCGAGUUACAUAGUCGGUCAUCAGCUGGUUAUUGACGGUGGAUCGUCCUUGCAAAUGCCACUGGUAGCAGAUGGGCUCAAGAUCUUCGCUGAUGUACUGGGAGGUAAAACUGCAAAGGAGAUGGGUCCAUUCGAUAGUCGUGCUGUCAUAGUCACAGGCUCGUCCAAUGGGAUUGGUCGUGCUGCUGCUGUGCUGUUUGCCAAAGAAGGUGCGAAAGUGACAAUUUGUGGGAGGGAUGAAAACACACUGAAAGAAACAAAAUCGAUGGUGUUGGCGGUAAAUGGUGGCAUUGAAAAGAACAUCUUCCUGGUGCGUGGUGACAUCUGCAACGAAGAGGUGAUGAAAGAAAUCGUUGAUGGAACUGUGAACGCGUUUGGUCGACUGGACGUCUUGGUGAACAACGCGGGCGGAACCAGUGCCACCGAUUUUGGAAAGCCUGAACUCGAGAGCGACUUAAGCAGUUUCGAGUACACCCUUAAUCUGAACACGAAAAGCGUUCUACGGCUCUGUCAAAUGGCAUUUCCGCAUUUGGUGGAAAGCAGUGGCGAAAUCGUGAACGUGGGCAGUGUUGCGGGUCUGCCAAAUGGCGCAUCGAUAGCGUCUCCGUACUACAGCAUCGCUAAAGCAGCACAGGACCAACUGACUCGUAAUCUCGCCAUUUACUACAUCCAGAAAGGCGUCCGAGUGAAUGCGGUCAGCCCUGGAAUAAUAUCAACAAGCAUCGCACAGAAGCAAGGGAUUUCGGCUGAUCUCGCAAGAAAGGCAGAGAAGGAAAUCGCUGCUUCGCCCUCACGUGUCCCGUGUGGGCGCCCUGGAACUUCAGAUGAAGUAGCCGAAGCGAUUCUUUUCCUGGCCGAUAGGCAAAGAUCGAGCUACAUAGUUGGUCACCUACUUGUAAUCGAUGGUGGCUCGUCCCUACAAAUGGGACUGGUUGCCGAUGGAUUCCAAAUCUUCGCUGAUGUGCUCGGCGGUCCAUCGCCGCCAAAAGCG